CUGGUCGCCCAAUUGCACGUUUGUCGAGGUGAUUUUUUAAAUUGAUUUUUUUUUCGUUUUCAGUUACUUCGAUGCUGUGAAUUUGAAUCUGAAUCAAAAACAAAUUUCAUUGCGUGUCAACGAUCUAGAACACUGAAUUUAAAUUGAAUUGUGAAGAUUUUUUUUCAAGUGUUCGUUUCAACAAAAUAAAUAUACUACAUCCACUGAUAGGAUUCAAUUCGGGAUUAGAUUACUUAUUGAAACAAAAAUAAAUUGUGCGGUGAAAUAGAGGAAAUCAAAGAAUAGAAACUGUUUUUUCUAAAACAUUGACAUUUAAAACAUGGAAUUUGCAUUUUGGGCCAAGUUUCUGUUGCCCCUGUAUCUAUUAGUCAUCGAUAUAGCAUCAUCAACAGAAACGACAACUGAACAAAUUAAAAAUUACGGAAAUAGAAUACGACGAGCCCGAGCUCAUAAGGAAAAAUCGAGUGCAGAAAAAACGAAACGAGAGAUACCACAAAAAGAGCUCCAACGAACGGAGGAGCGUCAAGCAAACAGCCCACCAUCCGAUCCGAGCUAUGACUUUGCAUUUCGAACACCAGAGUAUCAACGACGAGAGAAUUCGGACAGUUUGGGUCGAGUGAGAGGUCUAUAUUCGUUCAUUGAUGAUGUUGGCGAAAAGCAUUUGGUACGUUAUGCUGCCAGCGCUGAUCGUGGCUUUGAAGUGUUCAAUUCAGUUCCGGACGCGUCGCGUUACGUGCAAUACAGUGCACCGUUGUAUAAAACAUCACCGAAGGCCCGCGGUCGUAUUGCGUACGAACGUGGUCCAGGCCGUCAAUACAAGUUUAUAUCAGCUGGUCCCGAUCAACGUCGUUCAGAAAGUACCGGACCGGAUGGCGUGACACGUGGUGCAUUUUCAUAUCUCGAUGACAAAGGCCUCCAACGAAGUAUACAGUACAUCGCAGGAGCUGGCAUUGGUUACCGAAUUGUUCAAGAUAAAACUGGACCAGGUACGCAUUUGCUCCCUCGACCAGCCGUUGUGGAAUUCGGAAUUUUGUAUCCACGAGGCGGUGGAGCAGCUGGAGCUGGAGCAGGCGGGAAUGGCUCGGAUGGUAAUGGCAUACCGGGUAACGACGGGAUAGGAGGAAAUGACGGACCAAUUGGAGGAGGUGGUAUUGGUGGUCCGGGCGGUGUUGGUCCGGGUGGACUCGAUGAAGAAAAUUCAAUCGAUUCUGAUGGAUUCGGAGACGUUGGAGGUAAUCGUGAUGAUUUCAAUGGAAAUCAACCGGGCAACGCGGAUCGUGAUCGAGGUUUUGGCACUGUAAUCACCAACUCAGGCGAUACAUUUUUUGGAAUUGCCCCUGGUUCUUCUGCAAGAGCACAUGUACAAAACAUCGAUUUAAAACCAUUCGUCGAAGACGCCGCACUUUCACCAAGUGAAGCCCUCAGACGUGAUGAACGACGAUCGCUGCGCCUACGAUUUAGAGGCUAAAUAGU